AUGGUGCCACCACUCAUCACUCUGGAAGAGCAUUUCAUCUCCAGCCGUAUUCCAGGUGCGUGGAAGAACUUCCAAGCCUUCCCUGACCAUCAAAAAUCCAAGCUAGCCUCGCUGGAUGACGAGCGUCUCAGGGACAUAGACGCCGGUAGCUGCCAGGUUCAAGUGCUCUCGCACGUCUGCGUCGAGGCUCCUCCCAAUGAGUGCCGCGAGACGAACGAUGAGCUGGCCGCCGCCUGCCGCAAGCACCCGAAACGCUUCGUAGGUUUCGCAACGCUGCCCAUGGCCCACCCUGAAGCCGCCGCGGAUGAGCUAGAGCGUUGCGUUAAACAGCUCGGCUUCGUUGGCGCACUGAUCGACAACCACCUCGAAGACGGAACCUUCUACGAUGAUGAGAAGUUUUGGCCAGUCUUCGCGCGUGCCGUGAAGCUUGACGUGCCCAUCUAUCUUCACCCGACAUUCGCUUCCGACGACAUGAUGAAGCACUAUGAAGGCAACUUCUCCAGCCAGGCAGCGUUAAUGAUGUCCAUCGCGGGCUGGGGUUGGCACAGCGAGACGGGUUUGCAUAUUUUGCGCCUCUACGCCAGCGGUCUGUUCGACAAAUACCCAAAGCUGAAGAUUUGUGUCGGUCACAUGGGCGAGUUCAUGCCCUUCGCCCUUGAAAGAUGCAUUCGCGCAUCUGCACGCUUCGGCCUAGAGCGCGGUCUGCAGACUGUAUGGGACGAGAAUAUAUGGAUAACAACCAGUGGCUACUUCUCGCUGGCGCCGUUUGCUUGCAUCAUCAGAUCUACAAAAAUGGACCGGAUUAUGUAUAGUGUGGACUAUCCAUUCAGUAUGCCCGUGGAAGGCCUGAAGUUCGUCGAAGAGAUUCAGAAAAGCGGGUUGGUGAGCGAGGAGGAGCUGCAAAUGAUAUGCUUCAAGAAUGCCGAGCGCUUCCUCGGGAUCAAGGUGGAGGCAUAG